GUGAUUCUACUCCUACUUCAGAAGUGAUUCUAACUUAAGUUCCAAACACCCAUUAGUCGAAUAAGAGAUCGAACACGCAUUAGUCGAAUGCUCCAACAUCACAACCCCGAAGUCUCUCUUCCCACUCUCUCUCUGUUUGGUUUUGCUGGGCUCCGCCGCCUCGUCCUUUUGCUUCCACCUAUGUGAGUUAGGUGGUUGCUUUAAUGACGACUUUAUGAGUUAUUCAUUCAUAAUUACGGAGUAGCUGUUUUCCUGUGUUGAACCACAGGUUGUUGUUGAGGCUCCAAUUCUAUUCUUAUCUUUCAAAAUUUCAGCCUUCUGUUCUUAAAGGGAGAAAAAGGGAGCGUUUGUUUGUAUUCUUGUCCUACAAAUCUGGAAAUUCUUUCUUUUGCUAAUUCCUAAAAGUUGGAAACUUUGCUUGGAAUUGGCGGUUCUUCAAAGCCUGGCUGUAGAGAGUUGGAUACAUACUCUUAUUCCACUGAUUCUUUUCAAGUUUGAUUUCUCCCUGCACCAGUUGGCUAUAAGUUGUUGUCAGGAUCACUGAAUCACGACCCCUUACCUAUCUCUAUGGGAAGUGAUACCACUGAAGCUGCGGAUGCACCCCCAUCUCCUCAAUCCAUUAAGGUGCAUCUUCAAAUGUGCACUGAGCUUAUAAAGUUUGUAAGUAGAGCCUCAAAAAUACUUCCAGAAAUAGAAGCAUCCCGACCGCGAUGCAGUUCUGGAUUAGAGUCGCUUUGCAUAUUCAACAAUGCUAUUGUCAAGGCCAAGUCGAUACUUCAGUAUUGCAGUGAAUCCAGUAAGCUCUAUCUGGCUCUAACAGGAGAUGCCAUCCUCUCAAGAUGCAAAAAGUCAACAAAGUUGUUGGAGCAAAGCUUAAGCGAGAUGCAAUAUAUGGUUCCCGUUAUGCUGGCUGCAGAGAUCUCUCAAUUAGUUGCUGAUCUAAGAGAAGCAAGAUUUAGCUUGGAGCCUUCUGAAGAGGAGGCCGGGAAUGUUCUCAAAGAUUUACUUCAUGAAUACAUGUAUGAAUCUGGCCCCACCACAGACAACACACUAAAAUCGAUCCGAGUUGCAAUGUUAAUGCUUAACAUAACCACCCCGAAAGCUCUUCUCAUUGAAAAAAGAUCCAUCAGAUCACUUCUGGACCAAGCCAAUGAUUCCGAACAGUCAAAGAAGAAGAUUCUCUUCUUCUUUCUAAACCUUCUCAACAAAUACGCAAAAAGAAUCCUUAAAGAUAAAUCAGAUUAUGACUCUGUACCAAAACAUGAAGAUCCUUUACCCACAUCAAAUGAGGAACCUCCUGAUGAAUUGAGAUGUCCUAUAUUGUCAAGAUUAAUGUACGAUCCUGUCGUGAUUGCUUCUGGAGAGACAUAUGAGAGGAUGUGGAUACAAAGAUGGUUUGAUGAAGGUCAUGCCACCUGUCCAAAGACCGGAAAGACAUUGUCCCACUUUUCGUUGACCCCCAAUAACUCUAUGAAGGAUUUGAUAUCAAAAUGGUGUGCCAAAAGUGGGGUCGCCCCUUCUAAGCCUAAUAUGCGGGCCGUGCGACCACACACGUGGGAAAUCUCAUCCGUUUCAAUAGAUAGCUUUGGAAGUUCAAUGAAUGAUCUUAGGCUUCCAAGCGAUUUUACCAAUUCGUCCCUUGGCUCUUCGGAUUCCUUGAGUCCUAAGAGCCCACCCAAGUAUGCCAAUGUGAUUUCCCCAGUCUGUCCCUUGGAGUCAUUGUACGGUUUGGAAUUGCUUUCCUGGGAAUCUCAAAGCGUCGUGGUUGAAAAUGUUGGGGAAGUUUUGAAACAUGAGGAUGCUGAUCAAGGUUUGAAGAAGAGGACAUGUUAUGAGAAGUUUGUUGGACCGCUGAUGGGGUUCUUGAACAGUGCACAUGAGUCACAGGAUGGGAAGGCCCAGAUUUUGGGUUGUCGGUUGCUGUCAACGUUCCUAAAGAAAUUCAGUAGUAGUGCCACCCGGUGCUUGGAUGACAAUGCAUAUGAACUGUUGGCUUCAUUUCUUACAACAGAUGCCUCCAGGGAAGCUCUCUCCAUCUUAGAAACACUAUCCUCUUAUAACCACUGCCAGUACAAGAUUGCGGCUUCCUGUGCACUUGGCCUCAUUGACAUGUUAAACUCCGAAAACAGAGAUUUAUUGGAGACCUCAUUUAAAAUCAUUUACAACUUAUCCGGAAACGACAACAUCCGCCCAUUAUUUGAAACCUCAAAGUUAAUCCAGGGACUGGUACCACUCUUCCAAGACACAUACUUGGCGAGACAAUCUCUUAGCAUCUUGAAAAACUUAUGCAGCAGUGAAGACGCGAGACUUUAUGUUGCCAAAACUGACGGGUGUUUCGCUUCUGUUGUGAAGGUGUUAGAGAGUGAUGAUGCAGAGGACCAAGAACACGCUUUGGCGGUCCUUCUUUCUUUGUGCUCUCAGAGAUCUCAAUAUCGUGAAUUGGUUAUGUCUGAAGGUGGUAUUCCUGAUCUUUUCUCUAUAUCCAUCAAUGGGAGUACCAAAGGGAAGAUGAUGGCUUCGGAAUUACUAAGGAUCUUGAGAGAUGAAUUCCAAGAGGCUGCUGGAGAGACUACCCCACCCGAUAUUGAUGUCGUUAUAUAUGGUGGCAAUGAUUCUACGGAGAGAGGGAGAAAAUUGCCAGCCAAGGGGAGGGGUAUUCUAGGAAAAUUGUUCUACAAAAUCAGCCCUGCUAUGAAAAGGAAAAAAUAAAAAAGUGGGAUCCUUUGUUAUUAACACCUACUAACCUGUGUCACUUCGUGAAGAAAAUAGGUCAUUGUGAUAUCAAGAACCCAUUUUCUUCACGAAGUGACUGAAAAUAAGUUGGACAUGUGAUUAACGAUUGGGCGCUACAAAUCCCAUGGAAUGAAAAUAUGUCAUAUUGCAUGGAGAACAGGUCAUUGUUUCACAAAUAUCUGUGAGGUGUAUUCUUCUCUAAAGUGCCGGGAUCCAGUUCUUGACUAGCAUUUGUCGGGACUAACAUGUAAGGAUGCAAGGCCGCGUUCGGUGGCUCAAGCAAUCCUCAUGCAAUCCUCGCUAAUGUAUUGUCUGUGGUAGAGAGUCGGAUAUGAUGGUAGUACUAAUUUAAAGAGUAGCCCAUGUUGGUAUCUUAAUAUAUCAAAUAUCAAUAUACAGUUUUGCCUAAGAAGAUGGUCUGGUUUGGUUCAUAGAUAAUAUUCUGUUGUAACAUUAGGAUUAGAUGAGAAUAUUGAAUACAUUGUAAUCUUUGUGUAUAUGUAAAAUCUUUGUAGAGUUUGUUGAUUGUGUACUUCUGUUUCUUUUCCCUACAUAUGUUAAUUCGUAGGGACUUGAUGUAAUCAACUAUCAUAAACACAUAGGAUUGUAUAAAUUGUACAUAAAAUAAACAAUCAAAUGUUAUAAGUGACGCCUAUGGGUGGACUCGGGCUGGUUCGGGCCCGGGUCCGGGCCUAGGCCCGGUCGGGCCUCCGGUUCAGGAAUGGGGGGCCCGGAACCGGCCCGGGUAAUCCCUGGUUCCGGGUCGGGCCAUGCCUUAGUUAUUAUUUUUCUCUCUCUCUUUUCCUAGUUAACCCCCAACCCUCCCCAACCACCCCAAAUGGCCCAAAAUACCCAGCCCAACCCAAAAAGUAAAAAAAAUUGAAAAAGAAAAAAUUAAAAAGGCCCGGAACCAGGCCCGAACCGGUCGGGCAGGUUCGUGAUUUGGGGGGCCCGAGCCCGGAACGGACCCCCAGCGGGUCGAGUCUACCCGGACUGGUCACUGAUCGGGCCAUCUGGCCGGGCUGGGCCGGAACAGUGCCGGGCCAGGCCGGUUUCGAGUCGGGCCACCCGGCUCGAGUCCAUCCCUAGUGACGUCUAAUGCUCCGCAAUACUCCUUUGCGCUACAUUAAAAAUAACCAUUGAUAAAUUAUAUGAGAAUGAGUGUAGGAGAUAAUUUAGUGUGGUUGUUUGAAAGUCCGUAUUUAGACACGCAUUUGAUGCGUGUCGGCAUCGGCUUUUGAUGGUUUUCCAAACUUGCAAGUCUUAAUUUUAGCUCAAGUUAUGUUUACCAGACAUUGGUUCAAGUUUUGUGUCAUUUGGAGUCAAAAUCAGGAAUUUAGAGUUCGGCACCGGCGCUUGAGGAGCAAUAGGGAUGAUUCGAGAUGCAUUUGAGAGUGGAUUGAGAGCUUUGGAGGUCACCGAGAGGUUUACGAUGAAGAUUUGAUGACAAAAGAGCUCUAGGAUUGGCUAUGAGAUCAAACGAAGAUGAAUGGAGCUUGAAAACGACGAUCAGGAUGACCUGUCAAUCGUUCAAGCAUAUCUCUUUGUAGAAGCAUCCAAUGUACACGAUUCAAAUCCCAUAUGAAAGCCAACUUCAAGGGCUACAAAUCAUAUGAAGACACUAUUUCGAGAAUAUGAAAGGAAGAAGGUGAAAACAGACGAUGCAGUCAGAUGAUCUCUGUUGCGAUUUCAGAAUGACACCUUACACCAUUUAUUCAUAUCUCUUGAUUGAAUGAUUCAAAUCCAAUUCUGCAAGUUGGCGUGGAUAGAUAACUUCAUUAUCUACAACUUUCAUGAGGGAGGUUUUGUCAAAUUCGGAAGUUUGACGCACGCCGUGCGUAGGGGAACGCACGAUCGUGCGUCUGAGGCGAGAAAGCAAGGAGGCUACUGCCAACCACGCACGAUCGUGCGUGGCAGGGGACGCACGAUCGUGCGUACGUCCGAAACGCGGAGAAAUGCAGAUUUUGACAACUUUUUAGUCCCAGUUCAGCCCA